AGUCCCGGCCAGCGGGCAGAGGGCUGAGGACGGGACACCCCAGAACCUGGAGCCACCCCCGAGGAAAUAAGACCUGGACCGCAGCCACCACCUCUUUUCUUCAGAAGUUCGGCACGCCAAGCUGGUACGAUGCGUGUGGUGGUGAUCGGAGCAGGGGUCAUCGGGCUGUCCACCGCCCUCUGCAUCCACGAGCGCUACCAUGGAGUCCUGCAGCCUCUGGACGUGACAGUCUAUGCAGAUCGCUUCACCCCGCUUACCACCACUGACAUUGCUGCCGGCCUCUGGCAGCCCUACAUCUCCGACCAUGGCAACCCACAGGAGACGGAUUGGAAUCAGCAGACCUUUGCCCAUCUUCUGAGCCACGUCCAUUCUCCCCACGCUGAGAAAAUGGGCCUGGGCUUAAUCUCAGGCUACAAUCUCUUCCAUGAAGCUGUUCCGGACCCUUCUUGGAAGGACACAGUUCUGGGAUUCCGGAAGUUGACCCCCAGAGAGCUAGACAUGUUCCCUGAUUACAGCUAUGGCUGGUUCAACACAAGCCUGAUCCUGGAGGGGAAGUGCUAUCUGCAGUGGCUGACUGAAAGGUUAACUGAAAGGGGAGUGAAAUUCUUCCAGCGGAAGGUGGAGUCUUUUGAGGAGGUGGCAAGAGGAGGCGCCGAUGUGAUUAUCAACUGCACCGGGGUGUGGGCCGGGGCGCUGCAGCCGGACCCCUUGCUGCAGCCAGGCCGGGGACAGAUCAUUAAGGUCGAUGCUCCUUGGAUGAAGCACUUCAUUAUCACCCAUGACCUAGAGAGCGGCAUCUACAAAUCACCGUACAUCAUCCCAGGAAUCCAGGGAGUGACUCUUGGAGGGAUCUUCCAGCUGGGGAACUGGAGAGAGGUAAACAAUAUCCAAGACCACAACACCAUUUGGAAAGGCUGCUGCAGACUGGAGCCCACGCUGAAGGAUGCAAAAAUUAUUGGUGAAUGGACUGGCUUCCGACCGGUACGCCCCCAGAUUCGGCUAGAAAGAGAACAGCUUCACUUUGGACCUUCAGUGACAGAGGUCAUCCACAACUAUGGCCAUGGAGGCUACGGGCUCACCAUCCACUGGGGCUGUGCCCUGGAGGCAGCAAAGCUCUUUGGGAAAAUCCUGGAAGAAAGGAAGUUGUCCAGAAUGCCACCAUCUCAUCUCUGAAGAGUCCAGUGAACUCCACCUCCCCAAAAAGAAUCCUUGCUCCUCUCUGCCAACUAAUCAGUGUGCUCCCCUAUAAGCUGUCGCUUAACCCCCACCCACCCCCAGCUCCUUUUUUGCAAGAAGCUUGAGAUGAGAGGAAACCAUGAAGUCACCUUACAGAGGAAAGCCUGGGGUCUUUCCAUCUUCUCCAGAAUGGACCACACCCCAGCCAGUCCCGACAUGAUGGAGAGCAAGUGGGGGCUCUUACUCCAUGAGAUCUCAGAAGGAAGGAGAGCUCAGAAAAUCAAAGAGGCACACUGCCCAGAGCCACAGAAAACAGAAAUCGUUGAGGCUAAGUAACUUGAUUACAAGUCACACGAACACAUUAAACGUUCUGAAAACUCCUGCAGUGAAUACAUCUAGCUAACGUCGUUUAACCCAGUGCUUCCUAAACCUACCUGGCUUCGGAAACCUUUUGUCAGGUGCACCAAUGAUGCAUCGGAACACACUUUAGGAAACACUGUAACAGCUAUGUUGUAGGAAGUUCUAUGUAGAAUUGGAGGGUGAAGUAGGCAGAAAAGGCUUUGAACUGGUAACACUUGGUGCCUCUUCCGUGUCUGGGAGUCCAGUUGGCAUCAGCUGCUCGUUGAGUGGCCCCAUGGCCACCAUGGAACCCUUGAGGAGGGGCCAUUGGAGGGAAAAUCCCACAAGGAGCCCAUUUAUAGAGAACUAGAGUCACCAAGCACACUCCUUAUUCUUGAGGCACGAUUUAACGUCUCUCUUAUCUUCUGAUGGUCACCCUCUGAGAUGGCAAACAGACUCCCAGAUGUUUUCGAAAGCCUUAAAUGAGCCUAGAAGACACCUCUGCUUUCCCACUCAGCCUUUUCUUCUGUCUGGGUUUCUAUGAAAGGCCAAAACCUAGAGGGUUUCACACAUCUUGGGCAAGAGAUCUCUGCUGUGAAGAGGCCUCUGUUGGCCCAUUCUUUGCCAUCCAUGCUUAUGCCAUCUCAUGUGAUGGUUUAUUCAUGACACAGCUGCCGUGAUGCUGGCGGGCUCUAAGCUAGGUCUGAUGAGAGAACCAAGAUCUUAAAAGAUAAUGUCCUAAGAAAAGUAAUGAUACUUGUAAUAAUUAUAAUAGUAAUUAUUGUCAUUAUAAUAACUAACAUUCAUUGCAUUCUUACUUGGUACCAGGCUCUGUGUUAGACUCUUGCACACAGUACUCAUCUAAUCUUCACAAAAGCCCCAUAAGGCAGCUAUUCUCUCAAUUUCAGAGGUGAGGAGAGCAAGGCAGAGAGGGCAACAGAUAGGAAGGGGGUAGAACGGAGAUUCUGGGCCAGAAAUGAUAGGAUGCCAGUGCCUCACUUCCAACCCGAGUCCCACACUGAGGGGAGAAGGCUGUUCUGAAGGAAUUGGUUGGGCCUCUUUCCCAGCUUUCUCUCAAACACAAGCAGAGGAACCAGCUCUCUCCUCCUCAAAGCCACAUUUGUGCCAAGACUAGGGGGCUCUCACCAGGCUGCCAGGUGAGAGUGAGGUCCAGACCCCUGGACCUUAGAGUGGGACACAGUGUUUCAUUUGUGACCAAAAUGAUUUCUAUAUCCUCCCCAGGGAAAGUGACCCCUGCCGGUCAAGGCUAGUUAUCAACAGGAAAUCAUUAGGGCUCGGUACUCGGUGAACUCACAAAAUAUAUAGGGCCAAGAAAGUCCAUUUUCAGACCUGCAGUGACCAUCCCGUUCUUUUUAUAAAUGGUAAGAACCUCUUUGAAAUGUGGCUUCCUCUUGACUCUGCCCUGAAAUUCAGAAUUUAAACGGCAUGGGGGAAUUCUGCAACACACGUGGCUCUGUAGAAGAUUUUACAGUGAUUCAUUCCUUUGCUUUCCCUUUACCUAACUCUCCUUAUUCUUCCUUGAAGCAGAUCUGCAACCACAUUUUUAAUGAAUUCUUAUCAGUUUGAUGAAUUUAGAAGAGACUUUUUUUUUUUUUUUCCCAUUGAAUUGUUUUGGCCCCUUCAUUGAAAGUCAAUUGACCAUAAAUGUAUGAGUUUAGUUCUGGGCUCUCGAUUCUAUUCCAUUGAUCUAUAUGCCUAUAUUUAUGCAGUGCCACACUUGAUUAUUUUAGCUUUGCAGCAAGUUUUGAAAUCAGGAAAGUGUGAGUCCUCCAACUUUGUUCUUUUUCAAGAUUGUUUUGGCUAUUCUGGGUCCUUUGCAUUUUCAUGUGAAUUUUCAGCUUGCCAAUUUCUGCAAAAACCCCAGCUGGGGUUUUGAAAGGGAAAGUAUUGAAUCUAUAGCUCAAUUUGAGGAGUUUUGACAUGUUAACCACAUUAAGUCUUUCAACCCACGAACAUGGAAUCUCUCUCCAUUUAUUUAGAUCUUUGAUAAUUUCUUUUUGCCAUAUAUUUCAGUUUUCAAUGUGUAAAUCUUGUACUUCUUUUUGUUAAA